UUUAGACUUCUUGCUAGCGCAGAAGUAAAGAUAUUUUCAAGCCCGAAAAUUAAUCCCAUUCUUCUUGUUGAUUUAUUUUGUUUUUAGUUUUACUAUGAAAAUUUUUCUCUUUUGUUUAUGAACAACAACUGAAAAUAAAAUAAAAUAAAAUAAAAUUCAAUUUUUUAAUCUAAGAAAUACGAAACGACAAAAUUCAAGAAAGAAAUUUACACAAUAUUCUUCAAAUCAUUAAACGAGAAAAACUGAAUCAAAUUAUUAUUAUUUUCCGAACGUGUCCAUCUACUUACAUUCAAAAGUUUAUUCAACGCCAUUAUCAUCAUCGUUGAAUUUCAAAUUAUUAUUUGUCUUAUUAUCUCACUUGCUCAACUCACACUAUCAUCUGUAUGAUCAAUACAAACACAAACAUACUGGAAAUUGACGGCAACGACGAAUAUAAUCAAUUCAAUAUAAUCAAAAUAACAAAGUUAAUUCCAGAAAAAGCCCAUCUUACUUUCCUACUCUCCAGGAUGUCUGCAAUUCCAUUCAUAACAUUUAGUACACCGGAUAUUCAUCAGAAAAUUCGUGAACAACAACGACAACAACGAUCCGGUGGUCGUGAUGAUCCACCACGUGGUCAAAAAUAUUCGCAAUCAAAUCGAACACCAUCAUGUUCACAAUUGAAAGACUCGAAUGAUAACAUGAAAUCGAAUAUACAAAGCCAAUUUACCGGAGAGAUGUACAAUUAUAAUCACAAAUUCAUGAACAGCGUAUGGGGCCUUUACAAUCGUUAUGCACCACAAGCAUUCCAAAAAAAUUUGGAAUGCCGUCGUCAAAUGUAAUGAAAAAAUCCCCCCUAGAACGAAGCCAUCUUUUACGAUCAUUACAGUAACCAUUGUUUCCGAUCUAUUCAACAAACAACAACUAUUGAUUAAUUCAAACA